AUGGUCUCCCAUUCUCUGCCUUCUUCUCAAAUAAACCAAGUUGUCUACUCACCAGAUUCUUUAUCGUACUCAUCUAUCCUCCAUUCAUCCAUACAGAAUCUCAGAUUCAUGAAUUCCUCCAGCCCUCAGUUCAUCAUCACACCACAAAGUGAAACCCAUGUCCAAGCCGCGGUUAUUUGUAGCAGAAACCUUGGCCUUGGAGUGAGAGUUCGAAGUGGUGGCCAUGACUAUGAGGGUCUUUCCUAUAAAGCAGCCUGCCCAUUUGUCAUCAUUGACCUCGUCAAUCUUAGGAAGGUUAGCGUAAGCCUGGAUACUAACACUGCUUGGGUUGAAUCCGGGGCCACCCUCGGGGAGCUUUACUAUCAAAUCGCUACUAGGAGUAGUACGUUGGGGUUCCCGGCCGGCGUUUGCCCUACAGUUGGUGUUGGCGGCCAUUUCAGUGGAGGUGGACAAGGCACCAUGACCCGAAAAUAUGGCCUUGCAUCAGAUAACGUGUUAGAUGCAAUUAUGGUGGAUGCUAACGGCACCAUUCUUGAUAGAGAAUCCAUGAGUGAGGACCUCUUUUGGGCCAUUAGAGGCGGUGGAGGGGCCAGCUUUGGAGUCAUUCUCUCAUGGAAGAUCAAGUUGGUCCCAGUUCCGCCCAUAGUGACUAUAUGCAAUGUCCCUAAAACCCUAGAGCAAGGUGCAACAAAGCUGGCUCACUUAUGGCAACAAAUUGCACCCAAGCUCCAUGAAGACAUAAAUAUGAGAGUCAUCAUAACCCUAGCCAACAAUACUAAAGGAGAAAAAACAGCCCAAGCUCUAUUCAAUUCUUUGUAUCUCGGCACCAUUCAACAGCUCAUCCCAUUGAUGAAUGUUAGCUUCCCGGAGCUGGGUCUUGCAGCGAAGGACUGCCAUGAAUUGCGCUGGGUACAGACUUUCGCCGAAGGGGAGUCCAUCAAAGUUUUAAUGAACAGAAGUCAUGAAAUCAAAGGCUAUUUCAAAGGUAAAUCAGAUUAUGUGAAUCAACCUAUUCCUGAAAGCGAGUUAGAAGGGAUGUUGAAGGUGUUUUUAGAAGGUGAAGCCGGGGUCAUGAUGUGGGAUCCAUAUGGUGGAAAGAUGAGUGAGAUAGCGGAGGAUGAAACUCCAUUUCCGCAUAGAGCAGGAAUAUUGUAUAAUAUUCAGUACUUCAAUAAAUGGGAAGAAGCAGGAGUUGAAGCACAAAGAAAGCACAUGGAAUGGACUAACAAUAUUUACAACUACAUGACUCCUUUUGUGUCCAAAUCUCCAAGGAGAGCAUUUCUAAAUUAUAAGGACAUAGACUUGGGAAGGAACGAUGAAAAUGGGAAUACAAGCUUCUCGCAGGCUGGGUUCUGGGGCCAGAGCUACUUCAAGAACAACUUCAAGAGGUUAGCACUAGUCAAAGGGCGGGUUGAUCCCUCCAAUUUUUUCAGGGAUGAGCAAAGCAUUCCACCCUUGAGGUAG